ACAUGGGGUUCUGCAGACGAACACCAAAUUCGACGAAAGUCGCCAGGUUUAAGUAUUCACGUUAGUGAAUUUAUUUGCGAAUCGAUUGGGCGCCUUUGCCUUUCAGAAGAAGACAAAGUCAUAAAUGACCUUCUCCCCAAUAAUGAGCGAAUUCCAUAUAAUGAGGCGUGUGUUGUAAUGUACUCGGGUUCUAAUAGAGACGGUUGGUGGACACAUGAGGACCUUAUGAAACAAGUGGUUGAAAGAGCCAUCCCAAUUUUCGAACAAACGCACCCUGGUAAAACCGCACUCUUUAUGUUCGAUAAUAGCUGCUCUCAUAAUGCAUAUGCCGAACGUGGCCUGUGGAUAGAAAAUUUACAAAAGAAAU